AUGAAGACUCAUUUCGCCGGAGAUGUGCAUUUGGUUGCAUUUGUUAUAAGAGGCAAGUAUCGCGUUGAUCAUGAGGGCAAUACUACUCCUUCAAAACUAGUACCUCUAUCUUCACUAAAACCCGAUGAGCUGGGUCAUUCAAUAUUGCUGUGCAAGCAGACCUUGCCGCCAGGAUCGCCAAAAACUCCUCAUGAUAUAGUGGCUGGUGGAGUUUUUAUAGCAAAAGUUCUUUCUCUGUCUUCUUCAGCGGUGGGUGCAGUUAUGGUACCCGUUCUUACAUCAUAUCUAUGGGAAGCGGCUACUGAGAGACCAUCCAUGAUGAUGUUUACCAUUGUUGCAAACACAUUUCUUGUUCUACUGUCGUUCACUCCUCUGUUGCUUCACUUCUUAGCCAAAAGAUUUCCCGUGAAUCUCUACUACAACCACGACACGAAGACUUUCACUUCUGUCCACUAUAAUUUCUUUCUGCGGAAAAUGGCGAUGCAAUUCAAAGCACAUGAAGUUGUGGAUGCGCAAGUAGCGCCUGAAAUGGGAAAGGUGAGCGGUGCAACAACGUUUAGAUUCUCUCAUGAAACAGAACGUUUGAUGGAAAUCUUUGUAGCAAGUGCAAGUGUCUUUUUCCGGCUAAUUGUUGAAUAUUGUUUCGUCUUAGACGUUCUCUUGAAAAUUUCAUCGAGAAAGGUUUAA